AUUUGUUUAUUAAUUUUGAAUAUCUUGAAUAUUUAAACUCUAAAUGUAUAUAAAUAAAUAUAUUCUAAAAAACCAUUAAAUGAAUAUUAUGUAUUAAAUAUAUUAUUAUAUAAUUGUAAUUGUAAGGGCCGCACGGUGUCUGAGUGGUUAGCACACACAAGCCACACAGUCAGGAGAUCUGGGUUCGAAUCUCCGCUGGGCAUUUCUGUGUGGAGUUUGCAUGUUCUCCCCAUGUGUGUGUGGGUUUUCUCCGGGUACUGCGGUUUCCUCCCACAUUCCAAAAACAUGCAUGUAGGUUUAAUUGGCGACUCUAAAUUGUCCAUAGGUAUGAAUGUGAGUGGUUGUUUGUCUAUAUGUGCCCUGCCAUUGGCUGGUGACUAGUCCAGGGUGUACCCCGCCUCUCGCCUGAAGUCUCAGCUGAAAUAGGCUCCAGCAUGCCCCCGCGACCCUAAUGAGGAGAAGCAGCAUAGAAAAUGUAUGGAUGGAUAAUUGUAAAUAAAUAAAUGUAUUCUUAAAAGGGCGACCGUGUACAGCAGGGGUCACCAACGUGGUGCCCGCGGGUACCAGGUAGCCCCCCACGACCACAUGAGGUGCCCGCAAGCCUGCUUUUCAUUCAGGUUUUCAGUUAAUAAUGAAAGAACAGUAGAAAGAAAUGCAUUCUGAAAUACAAAAUGUGAGUUGUGGACACCAGCAUUUUGUUAAUGUUCUGGUAAAACAAGCAUAUUCACUUUGUUUGGGUUUAAAAUAAGCUCUGAAAAUAAAUGUUACAAAAAUGAGUAGCUCUUGGUCAUUUUCAUUUUGUAAACGUAGCUCUCACAAGGAAAAACGUUGGUGACCCCUUGUGUACAGCAAUCCCUUGCCACUUUUCACUUCGAAAUUUGUGGCUUCACUCGACCACGUUUUUUCAAAAAUUAAUAAAUCAUACUGUUUCGUACUUGAAUAUGGCCUAUUAGUUAAAAAAUGCAUAUUUAAGCAAAUUUAACAUAUUGUUUUGCCUAAAUGAACCAUUUUCAACCAUAAAAAUGUCUAAAUGAAGUAAAAUACAAAUAUAAGGCAUUCAGAAGACACACUCAAAGACAUUGUGAUGAUAUGUAGUAUUUUACACUGGUCACUAGGUGUCAGUAAUCUUACUGUAAUGUUGGGUGAGACACGCAAGCACCAGACUUGAUAGACGGAACAACAGGCUUUUAAAGCUGAUUUGAAUGAUCUCACAACAGGCACAAUAAUAACAUAACAUAACAACAACAAUACGGGCUACUGUUGCAGAUGUAAACAAGCUACGGUAAAACUAAAAGCUAGAACUAAACUCUGAACCCCUGACGCCAUUCUAAUAAUGUUAAAAAGUGUAUUUAGGAGGUUGUAACAGGUUUUCUAUUUCUUAUGUGUUUCUUUUUUUAAUGUUUUACUCUAUUGGGUGGCGGUUAAAGGUGACUAUAGGGGUGUUAUUUCAUGUCUAGAGGGCUCUAAUGUUACAGCGUAUUUAGGAGGUCGUAAACAGGUUUUCUAUGUCUUAUGUCUUUUUUUCCCCUCUUUAUGUCUAAUAUAUGGGUGAAAGCAGUGUAACGGUGAUUAUAGGGUUGUUAUUUCAGGUCUACAGGGCUCUAAUGAGGUCGUAAACAGGUUUUCUAUAUCUUAUCUGGUUUCUCUUAUGUCUGCUACAUUGGGUAAUAGGCGUGUAAAGGUGACUAGGGCAGGGCUGUGACCCCUAUACUGCGAUUAAAGUAUGAGACAUUGCGAGUGAAUUUUUCAACUACUACUACUACGUGUUCCGUAUUGAGCUGACCGUGGACGUCCCUUAUUAUGGCAAGAGUUAAAAAUAGUCUGUGUAAUGUGUAGUCAAUUGACGACAGCUUGUCACAGUCUUAAGCCUAUCAAUGGCAGCUUGUGUGAUCGCUCAUGCUUGGCUCGCAUUGAAGUCUGACUAUUCUACAAUUUUUGUUUACAAAUUUUACGUGGCUCCUCUGUUUCUCUGGUGGCAGCUCGCUAGCUAGCUAUUGUUAUCUGCCUAGUCUCUGGUCCACGGACUCCAAAUGUGACUUUCUUUUGUUUAGUUUUUUUAACCACAGUGACAUUUUGUGUUUAAAACAAUCAAUUGGGUUUGUUCGGAGCUCAUUUUUUUGUGUGUACCCUCCGUGUUUCAAAGCUCAUUACCCUCAAUCAACCUGUUGCCAUAGCGAUGGGAGAAAUGCACAUCCGCCUCACAACAGGGGAGACGCUAAAAGAGGAGUCUGGCAUUUCUUCCCCUUCAUUAGCAUAUUAGCUGCUUUGGACCAAUGAGAAGAGCCACGUUGGGGGUCUGGCCCUGACAAUAACCCCCCUUUUCCUUCUCUGUGCACUCUUCCACCUCCUUAAAAAAAAAAAAAACCUCUCCUUAAUCCCAAAGGAAGUCUCCCCUUCUCUUGCGAAGUCAUUUGGCCAGCGCAACUUGGCUCCAGCAGUCCCACGUUGAGGAUUUUGGGUUCCGGGUGUGUUUGUUGGCGGUGGACUUGAUCCACGAUGCUCAGUGGUCCUUGUGGAUGCGUCGUCUCCCCGGAACAUUGUGGCGGCCACGCCACUUUGUGAGCUAAGGUGCUGCAGUCUUCACAUAUGUGUCUUUUGGGGAUAACUUUGGGUGUCCGUUUGUGUCGUCCUGCCAGAUGGUUGGAAUGUGAAAAUGGUGGAUAUUGUAGCUCACAAAAUGCCCUCAGAGAAUGACGUGCAUGUGGCCAGAAGCUUCCUUACCAAGAUUUUGCGAAGUUCCAUGAGAAAGAACCAGGUUAAAGGGCGUAAUGAACCCAUAAGCAGGCCUCACUCCUGGCAUUCCACCAAGUUCAACGAGAGCCAGUCGGAGUCGGCCAAGACGCAGUCGUCCUCACCCGCGGCGGUAUGGCACGCCACGUAUGAUGCAAGCUCAUCGUCGACCGAUCUCUCCUCGGGUUGGGAGCAAACAAACCUCUGCAGGGUUUCGGACCAGUUCAGCUCCCUUGGCAGCAUGGACAGCCUAGAACACGUCCCCCAUCCGUACCCAGCCGGUCAGCUGUCCGCCAAGUCCAACAAUAGCAUGGAGCACCUUGGAGGAGGCAAGCGAGACUCGGCCUACAGCUCCUUCUCCACCAGCUCCGGCACGCCGGACUUUACGCUUUCAAAGAGCAACGCCGCCUCCACAGAGAACGUGCUGUAUAAGGUCAGCCAGUGGGAUGCAGGGGGGAGGCACAGCAAUGGCAGGAACAGCCAAAGUGUGAUGGAGGGAGUCAAACAGGAGGACAGGCUCGUGUACUUGGCAGGCUGUGACGGACCCCAAACCGACGACCAGGCCGGCUCCCGCCAUUCCACAUCUGGCAGAACGAGUUACGGACCAGUCUGGCACGUUCCGGAGAAAAAAAAGUCCUCCUCCUCUUCACCUCCCCCACCGGCGCCCCCGGCCCGCAGUGACAGCUUUGCUGCCACCAAGGAGCGAGGGCUCGGUGCUGCUCAUCUAGAAGUGCCCAGUUCUCGUGUCCACGGUAAAUCCUGCGUUGAAGAUCGUGGUGGUCAGUGCCUUUCCAUGAAAAAUGACAAAGGUGGUUUUUACUCUCCCAGCCAGUUCAGCUCAAACAAGCAGCACUCUCUCUCCAGCAGUGAUGUCAGGCAAGGUCAACCCACCCAUCACAGACACCACAGCGACAAAAGCACUUUUCCUUCACAACCGUGGGCUACCACCACUCCAAAGAACACCAGUGGCUACUUCUCUAGCAUGCAGGAGCUGCCCACAAACAGUUCUUUACAAACUACAAGCCAGAACCCAGUGAGAAAUGGAAGCACAUCUCAAGCAGUUGACCCCAACUUUGACGCCGGUGGACACAGCCACUACUACUGUGUCUCUGCAUCGGGGAAACCAGAGGACAGGAAAGGUUCUGCCGGCCUAGACUCAACCCAGACAGGAAAUGAGCAGGACCCACAAACACUCACCAAACCCAAGUAUCAACUUUCUCCACAGCAGCAGUACUCCUCAAACGGUAGAGAGAGUAACGGCUACAGCAAGCACCAUGUUACCUCUGUUGUAGAGACCUCGCCCACAAAAGUCACUGCUGAUGACAACAGGAACCACAGAGGACCAAAUGUACAAAGCGAGGCCGCCCCAUACCCAAGCAGACAUUCCGAACAACGGCGGUCACUUCCUCUGCAGCACAGAGAAUUUCCCCAAGAUACGAGACACCACAGCCAGGCCGGCAGCAAGAUUAGCCCUCAGACCACCCCCAUGCUCCACUCCUUGUCUAUGGACACCAAAGGAGAGUCAGACGGGGCGCUGGAGUCCAAGCAGAUGAUGCGCAGCGACCGAUUUGCCACGACCUUAAAGAGUGAGAUCCAGAUGAGAAGAGCCAAUCUGCAGAAAAGUAAGAGUGCGGCGACUCUUCCCGGUGAUACUGAAGAUGAUCAGGAUGUGUGGAAGUCCAACAAGAGCUUAGGCCCUGGUCUGGCUGAUAGCCCCUUCACAAACACCUACAAGGAUAAUCUGAAGGAAGCACAGGCUCGGGUGCUUAAGGCUACUUCCUUCAGAAGGAAAGAUCUGGAACCCGUGUUGGUGGAGCACCCCUCAGCUGAAGCCAUACCCAAUUAUCAAUCCUCAGCCAUGGCCAGAAAAGAUCUCACUCCUCUUCCGACAGUUUCAGAGACCACAGCGAGCAAAUCCGGCACUCCGGGUGGUCCGGUCAUGCGCAUUGGUGGCCGAAAGCGCUUUCAAGCAGAAAAGAAGGUAAGGUCCUUCUCGGAACCCGACAAAAUCCAUGAGGUUGGGGUAAAAGAAGAAGAAAGCGCAAGCUUUUCACUGGACCAACAGAAACUCUUCAAAGAGAACGGGAAAUCCCUGGUGCCCAAUCACCAAUCUUCUCACAGCGAGAAGCCCAGAGAUUCUGUCGGCCCAGGUUUUGCCAGUGAAAUGGUGCACAUGCCGAAAGGGAUUGGAGGCAGAGAUGACCCUCAGGGAGGUCCGUACUCCACCACCUUUGCCGAGUACGAGGCCAGAUGGAACGUCCAGAAGAAACCUCCGGAGACCAGAGCCUCUGGACGAUUCCGGUCAGCCGACAACAUCCUGGAUCCCGGGUCGGAGGAGAGAGCGAAGUCAGCCUGUUUUCACGAGAGGUCCAGGUCUUCGCCCUCGGCUGACAUCUAUGGACAGAUGACUUGUGUUGCUGCAAUAACAACGCCGGUGAAGGAACAAUCCCCGGUGGGGAACAAACCUACCGGGUCACCCAACUCUGCCUCAAGCUUCCCGGAGGGACGCUCAUCUGACUGCAAAGAGACGUCAGCCGAGUGUGAGCGUCGUCCUCCUCCACCCAAGACGGGACACAGAGCUGCUGCUUCCUCAUCUCCUGCCGUUGCCGUCGACCACAGGCCCGCAGAGUUCAGCCUCUCUCCGGCCGCUGACCCCGCCAAGUUGGCGUGUGGAGCCAGGAGGAAGCCGCCCCCGCCCAGAUGCCCCGAGAUCAACCCCCACGACUGCACCCCGAGCAGCGACGGCAGUAAGGCAGAGGGCAAAGAGCCGGUGGACCAUCAGCCUCCAGCGUCCUCUUCCAACAGGACGCCGGCCACCAUGGAGGUGCGGCGCUCGCCUUCGCCGCACUUUUCCCCGCAAAGACUCAGCGACAAGCCUCCCAUCUAUCUGCAGGACCAAGACUCAAACGGGGUGGAAAAUGUGAGGGCCAAGCCAAGCAGCGCAGUGAAGAAGGUGCCCGUCAGGAUGGUGCGCUCGGAGGGAAUGUCGGACAAAGAGUGCGGCGGUCCUGACAUGAGCAAGCUGGCCAGCCUGGGAGGCGGCGGGCAGGACUCUGUCUUCCUGGCUUUCAGCCGACAAAGACGAGCUGACAGCAUGUCUUCACCUCAGAAGAACCCGAAGCCCCCAAGAGACCCCGACGUGAUCCCUGUGGGCGAGCAGAGCGCAUCCAAGCAACCGCAGCCCACAGCCCAGUCGGGUGUCGACGAUGACGUGGCCGCACCGAGAAUAUCCGAGGAGCGGAAGCGGGAAGAGCUCGCGCGGGACAUCAUGGACAAGGACAAGUCGCUGGCUGACAUUCUGGACCAGAGCAAGAUGAAGACCACCAUGGACCUGAUGGAGGGUAUCUUCCCUCAGGGGGAGCUGGAGGGAACUCACCAGCGCAGGAAAGCGUCUUCCAAAGCCACGACCACACGGCCUGUUGAGGAAAGAGAAAAGGAGGACAGUAUGGCGGCUGCGGUCGCCAUGGUGACCAGCUCGGCGUACUAUAGUACGUCAGCCCCCAAAGCCGAGCUCCUCAUCAAGAUGAAAGACAUGCAGGAGCAGGAUGAGGACGAGGAGGACGAGCUGGACAUGGACUUGGCCAGCAAGAAGCAAGAGCUGAUCGACAGCCUGAGCAAGAAGCUGCAGGUGCUGCGUGAGGCCCGCGAGAGUCUCCAGGAGGACGUGCUGGACAACAAUGCUCUGGGGGACGAGGUGGAGGCCCGAGUCCAGCAGGUGUGCAAACCCAACGAGCUGGACAAGUUCCGCAUGUUCGUGGGGGACCUGGACAAGGUGGUGAGCCUGCUGCUGUCUCUGUCAGGCCGCCUGGCCAGAGUGGAGAACGCCCUUAACAGUCUGGAUGAGGACGCCACGCCUGAGGAGCGACGCACGUUGACGGAGAAGAGGAAGCUGUUGAUCCGGCAGCACGAGGAUGCCAAGGAGCUGAAGGAGAACCUGGACCGGCGGGAGCGCGUGGUCUACGACAUCCUGGCCAGCUACCUGCCGGAGGAAGGAAUGGCGGACUAUGAGCACUUUGUCAAGAUGAAGUCGGCGCUCAUCAUCGAGCAGCGCAAGCUGGAGGACAAGAUCAAGCUGGGCGAGGAGCAGCUCAAGUGUCUGCUGGACAGUCUGCCCAUUGAGCAGAGGUUGUCCUUCUGAGGGAGGAGCUGCACUUGCACCCUGUCUCCAGCAGAGGGGGCCAGAGGCCACACACACACACGCUACAUUGUGAACCAGAGACUGAGCAGAACUCCUUUGGUAAAGAUGCUGCUUUUCUUGGCAUCUGUGUGGAAUGUCCUGAAAGCCUUUUUUUGUUUUCCUGUCAAGUUUUUUUUAGUAAUUUAUUGUAGCCUUUUGGAUCGGCACAGGAGGGUGACAGUAUUUUUUUAACUUGAAGCGCUUGGAGUGUCACUUCCUGGUGUGGUCACGUUUUAGGAGUUUCACCUCACACCCUUGAAAGAGCUCGCCCAAUAUUUCAAUUAUUUUUUUUUUAAAGGAACCCCUCAGACGUGGCUUUAUUUGAUUUAUUAUUAAAA